AUGACAUUAGAAUCCACAGAAACUAUUGAAGACGUUGUUCCAAACUUCAGAUUAGACGGAAGAAUCGCCGUUGUCACUGGUGGUGCUGGUGGUUUAUCAAUCACUUUAACCAGAGCUCUUUUAGCCCAAGGUGCUCAUGUUGCUCUUGUGGAUUUAAAUCAACAAGUUUGUGAUGCUGCCGCUGAAGAUUUAGCCUUAUGGGGUCAAAAACAAGGUUUAAACCCAUUACCAAAAAUCUCAUCAUGGAGUUGUAACAUUGGUAACGCUGAUGAAGUUGAAUUAACCGUUAACAAGAUUAAUGAACAUUACAAUGAUAUUUCAGAUUUAUUAAUUCAUACCGCUGGUUAUUGUCAAAACUAUACCGCUUUAGAAUAUCCAAAUCAAAAAGCUGCUGAUUUAGUUCAAGUUAAUUUAAUGGGUUCUUAUUACGUUGCCAAAGCUAUUGCUAAAAACUUAGUUGAUGCACAAAGACCAGGUUCAAUUGUUAUGAUUGGUUCAAUGUCUGGUGUUAUCGUUAAUGACCCACAACCACAAUUUGCAUAUAACGCUGCUAAAGCUGGUGUUAUUCAUUUAACCAAAUCCUUAGCUUGUGAAUGGGCUAAAUAUGGUAUUAGAGUUAAUUGUGUCUCUCCAGGUUAUAUCUUAACUCCAUUAACUAAACAUGUUAUUGGUUCAAAUGUUGAAUUGAAAAACACUUGGGAAUCAAAAAUUCCAAUGGCAAGAAUGGCUAAUCCACAAGAAUUUGUUGGUGCUAUCUUAUAUUUCGGUUCUCACAAUGCUUCAUCAUAUACUACUGGUGAAAAUUUGAUUGUUGAUGGUGGUUAUAGCUGUUGGUGA